AAGAUGGCCGAUCUCAGCGUCUCCUUGUCCCUGUUGUUGGGGAUUGUAGUUUUCAGCGAGGUGGCGAGGAGGAUUUCCUUAUAUCUGCUACCAAAACGCGUCUGGACCAUAUAUGUGCUGGAGUUUAUUUCCACGUUCCAACUGUGCGCGUGCACGCAUGAGUUAAAGCUCCUCGCGGAGGUGGCCUUACUCGAGCCGCACAUUGGUUUAACUGUCACGUAUGUGAUCUCGGUGGUCCACGGGCUUUCAUUCCACGGCGCGAUCUGUAACCCCACCGGCGCUCUGGAGCAACUUUGCCGCGGGACUCUCACCCGCAGAGGGGCACUAGCACGGAUUUUAUGCCAGCUGAUCGCGGCUGUGGUGGCACGCAGCGUGAUGCCACACGUAUGGGCACUGGCGCUCUCUGGCCUUCACUCACAGCACAAACUGAUGGGGUUUAAAUGCAUGCACAGCCCCAUUAAUGUCCCGCUGCUGCAGGCUGCCUCGGUGGAAAUGGGCUGCGCUUUUGUGAUACACACUGCAGCCUCUAACAUGGAUAAAGUGGAGAAAUAUCGAGUUCAUGCCACAGCUGCUGUCAUUACCACCUUAGUCUAUGCAGGUGGACACAUCACCGGAGCAGUCUUCAACCCAGCACUGGCAUUCUCAAUUCAGUUCCCCUGUCCUGGAAACACUUUCUUAGAGUACACAUUUGUAUACUGGCUGGGGCCAAUACUAGGUAUGACAGGCUCUCUGCUGCUUUUUGACCAAGUGAUCCCAGUCAUUUCAGGAAAAAGCACAGUUUCGAAGAACCUGAACUCCCAUGGACUCAGAAAGAAAAAGAUGAAUUAAAUUAAGGUGCUAUUUCUAAGUGUCUUAUAAGGUAAAGAGUCUCCGUAUAGAGACUGUUUACCAAAUAUAUAGUUAUAUACUGUGAAUGCACGGAAUAGAAUGACAUUUUUAUGCUCCACUCAAUGCAUUAAUGGAGCUUAUUGGGGACCUUAAUGGUUAUACAAGGGUUUUACUGAAAUCAAUAAUUUCAGGUUUUACAAUACUAAAGUCUUAUGUAAAUAGAGGGGAAAAAUUGUGUUUUAAUAAAUCAAUAAUGCAUAUUCAUGAAGCACAAUGAUGUUAGGUUGCAGGUUGCCUGAACAAAAGCACAUGACCAAUGCAAAUACUUUGCAGCACUUUUAGUCAUAUUUUAGUUUUUAUGUUUCUUAAAUUCUGUAAAAAUUUAUUUUGGUAACCAUGUUUUUAAUUUGUGAAACUAUCUUAACAACUAGACAUUCCUGGAAAAAGACACCUGUGAAUGUUUUAGUAGAGCUGUAAGAAUAUUAUUUUAAGUUAUACUCUACUAGCGAUUAUCAUUAUCUUGUAAUAGGUAACUUUAUAAAGCACAGUUUUGCAGUGCCUUUGGGUCAUCCUGGGUAAAAUAACCUAAAUAGACCGGAAACAGACCAGAAAAGUG